AUGGUGAUACUUUGGGCGGCAAUCACGGUGAUAGUGGCGUACAUCGUGAAAACAUUGUUAUCAAGAGACAGAAAGAAACUCGAUGGAAUUUACUCUCAACGUGGGCGAUGGUAUGGCAUAAAACGUGUGCUUGUAUUCAUUAGCCUCUGGUGGAACCGAAGAACCUCUCCAUUCAAGGUAAAGGACGCCAAGUGUGCAGUCAGACCAAGCAAACACGUCGGACAAUUUGAAAGUGUUCAAAAUUUAGACAGCCAUCCGGAGGCAAUCGACGCCGUGCAUUUCACUGGUGCUAAUAAAGACGGGGCUGGGCUGAUAGUUCGGAUUGGAAAUCGAAACGACCAUAUGACUGAAGUAUGGUUUCUAUUGAGUGUACCAGGUAUAGGUGUAUUACAGUUACCCGAACACCCAGACACUGUUGUGUACCGCCAGUCGGAAACUCCGAACAUAUUCACUGCUGCUGGUAUUGAAGUAGAAUCCUUGCAGCCUCUGAGAGUGUGGACGAUUUCAUUUAAUGGUUUAUGCAGUUUCCACUACGGCUACAUGUUCAGACCAAGUGGUUCCCGGGUCCCAGUAACAGAUAUUACAACAAAUCUGUUUGCACUAGGAAAAGAUGAUAAACCACCAAAGGAAUACAAGUUAAACUUUGUUGCGGGCGGAGAAUUAUAUCACCUACGAACCGACGUCCAAUCUUCUGUUGCUUUGAAUUGCGGAGUCAAUUGGAGUAUGACGUCACAUGGAAGAAUAUGCAAAUUCAAUUUGAAUGGUACGCUAGGAUGGGGUGUGAGCGACUUUGCUUACAAAAAUCGAGGCCAGCCACUGAAAUGCAAUAUGGGUGUUGUUAUACAAGAAAUGGUUAAAUCAGAGAUCUCAGGCGUGUUAUAUUCACGCCAUCCCAUUACCGGGCACCCUGGACAGAUGAUGAUAGAUGCAUCGUAUGGACUUGGAGAGCUUGAAUCAGCCUUCGGUUAUCCAUUAAACAUCGAAUGGGCAAUUGAAAACGGAAAUAUAGCAUUAUUACAGUCAAGUCCUAUAACAAUAGUUGAUGAAGACACAGAUCAUGGAUUACUAGAUGAGUUUGACACAGCGUUGUCGUCUGACGAGUGGCUCGCAAAUGCAAAUAUUGGAUACAUUUUAAAAAGACUAAUUCCAAAAGCACGAAAAGCUAUGAAAAACUGGAAGGAAACUAGGUCAUUGGGACUGAAGGCAUACCACAUGAUAAAACAAGCUUAUUGGCAACUUGCCGAGUGUAUGGUGAAGGAGGGGUAUUUACCAGAGAGAGACUUGAUAUUUUUCCUGACACACCAGGAAAUAGGCUGUGUAUUGCACAGAACGAACCCUAAGCUUGUUACAAGAGCAGCACGUCGUAGAAAAGUAUACCCUAACUUGUUUGAAUUGCGUUUUGAUGAUAUAAGCAUUGGGAAACCAAAACCUUUGAAAGACCCUGGUCCUGUACCACUCUCUUUAGAAAUGAAAGGUUUACCAAUGUGUAAAAGGAAGGUAUCUGGACGUGCAAGGGUGGCGAGAACGCUUGAAGAAGCUGAUUCUAUUAAGGUGGGAGAUGUCUUAGUUGUCCGAAGCCCGGAUAUUGCUUGGGUUCCAUAUUACGCAAUCAUUUCCGGUUUAGUAACAGAAAUUGGAGGAUUACUCUCACAUGGUGCGAUGAUUGCCCAGGAAUAUGAUAUACCAUGUGUUGUGAAUGUAAAGGAAGCAACAACUAAGUUUGAAUCAGGAGACUAUAUCAUGAUUGAUGGGCACACAGGAAUUGUUCGAAAACUACAAACUGACUUUUGAAAAAAAAAAACAAAAAAAAAAACAAGAAGAUUAC